CCGGCGGCCCCGGGUCGCGCGUCAUGUUUAACAGGUCGGUGUCCUUUCCGUGGGGCAACUUCACUCUGGACGAUUGGGAGAGCUUUGUGGACUCGGCAAAAUACGAGGCGGAAUCCCAACAUGCGACGGUGAAAGCUUUGCUGAUCGUGGCUUACUCCGUUAUCAUAGUCAUCUCUCUCUUUGGAAACGUCCUGGUGUGCCAGGUCGUGAUAAAGAAUAAACGGAUGCACUCUGCCACCAGCCUGUUUAUCGUUAACCUGGCCAUAGCGGACAUCAUGAUCACUCUUCUCAAUACUCCUUUCACUCUGGUCCGGUUUGUGAACAGCACUUGGGUUUUCGGGAAGGUCAUGUGUCACAUCAGUCGCUUUGCUCAGUAUUGCUCCCUACACGUCUCCACUCUUACCCUGACAGCUAUUGCCUUGGACAGACAUCAGGUUAUUAUGCAUCCUCUGAAACCACGUAUGUCAACCGACAAGGGUGUGAUUUACAUCACUAUCAUCUGGGUCAUGGGCUGCUGUUUCUCCCUCCCCCACGCAAUCUAUCAGAAACUCUUCAAAUUCGAAUACAGCAUAGAAAAGAUUCGAAGUUUGUGCGUCCCAGACUUCCCAGAACCAGCAGACCUAUUCUGGAAAUACCUGGAUCUGGCCACCUUUAUCCUGCUAUAUGUGCUGCCUCUUUUGAUCAUCACUAUCACCUACACCAUGGUCGCCAAGAAGCUAUGGCUUCGCAAUGCCAUUGGGGACGUGACAACAGAGCAAUAUUUCGCACAUCGAAGGAAAAAGAAAAAGACAAUUAAAAUGCUGAUGCUGGUUGUGGUGGUAUUUGCUGUGUGUUGGUUUCCUUUGAAUUGUUAUGUGGUCCUUAUCUCUAGCCAAACCAUUCGCACCAACAAUGCUCUCUUUUUUGCUUUCCAUUGGUUUGCAAUGAGCAGCACCUGCUACAACCCUUUUAUCUACUGCUGGCUUAAUGAGAGUUUUCGCUCUGAACUAAAAUCUCUUUUGAAUAUAUGCAGAAGAGAGCGUACUGUACCAGAAGCCAUCCUCCCCUCCACAGCCCCUUCUUAUAGACUAGCUUGGCCUGCGCAUAGGAACUUCAAGAGGGAACCAGUGGUGCCUCAGAAUCUUCGCUCCAACACACAGUCAGGAAAGACAGAUAUUUUGGCAGUAGAACCAAUAGUUGCUGUCAGCUAAUUGAUGAAAUUUCUGCCUUUUCAUAUAUUGCAAGACAA